UCUUGUCAAAAAAAGGCGUUGCUUUUUUUCAAAAUGCCUGAAAGUGCAUUACUCGCAUCACUAGCUGAUAAUCCAUAUUUUUCUGCAGGAUUUGGGCUCGUCGGUGUAGGCACAGCACUAGCAUUGCUUCGUAAAGGUGGACAGUUUGCUUUCAUAGCAUUCAGAAGACAUGCGAUGAUAACUUUGGAGGUUCCAAGCAAAGACAGGAGUUUUCAAUGGCUGCUUCAGUGGAUAACGCUGAACGCUCGUAAAGCGCAACAUUUAAGCGUUGAGACAACAUUUCAUCAGAACGACACAGGAAAAAUCAACACCAAAUUUGAUUUUAUUCCAAGUCCUGGAACGCAUUUUUUCAGCUAUAAAAAGCACUGGAUUAGAGUUGAACGAUCUCGGGAGAAGGGCAUGCUGGACCUGCACACAGGGACCCCAUGGGAGACGGUCACUUUAACAUCAUUAGGCUGGCGACGUGAACUAUUCUUUGAGAUUCUUGCGGAGGCUCAGAAAAUGGCUUUAUCACGGGAAGAGGGCAAAACUGUGAUGUAUAUACCUAUGGGUGCUGAAUGGAGACAGUUUGGUUUCCCAAGACGAAAGCGACCAUUAGACUCGGUUAUCCUUUCUGAUGGUGUUGCAGAGAGAAUCUUAGCUGAUAUUAGAGAUUUCAUACAGUCUCCAAAAUGGUACAUGGACAGAGGCAUUCCCUACAGGAGAGGAUAUUUGUUGUAUGGACCUCCAGGCUGUGGAAAAACAAGCUUUAUCCAAGCACUUGCAGGAGAACUGGAGUACAGUAUCUGCGUUAUGAACCUGAGCGACAGAAGUUUAUCUGAUGAUCGAUUGAACCAUCUCAUGAGCAUAGCUCCGCAGCAAAGCAUUAUAUUACUAGAAGAUAUUGAUGCUGCCUUUGUAAAAAGAGACGAAGAUGAUCCAGGCGGUCAGAAUAAUAUGUACCUGAAUAGGGUAACCUUCAGCGGUUUGUUGAACACUUUGGAUGGCGUCGCCUCGACGGAAGAGAGGAUUGUUUUCAUGACAACGAACCAUCUCAAUAGACUAGAUCCAGCUCUAAUAAGGCCCGGCCGUGUUGAUGUUAAACAAGAAAUAGGUUACGCUGAAGGCAGCCAAAUUAAACGCAUGUACAGACGAUUUUAUCCGCACGAAUCAGGCAUAAACGCCGAGCAAUUCGCACGAGAUGUAGUGACACUUAGCAAGAUGAAAAGUAUCGCAGAUAUUCAAGGAUAUUUUAUGUUGCAUAAGAAUAGUUCCAAAGCCGCGCUUGAAAAUGUGAAUGCUCUGAAAGAAUGA